AUGAAAGAAUAUUUGGUGUGUCAUAGCACUGUUAGUGGCGGUAAUUUCAAUGCAACUGCUGUGACCAAAGUCGAGAAAUUGUUGGAUUCCCACAAUUUCGUGAACAAAGUUGACCUAUUGGUGAGAGGCUCUGAUUUGGAACAAAUAAAAUCAGACGUCCAAGCACAGAUGAAGCUGAAAAAGAUACUAGGAGAAGCUAAUUUAUCUCAGCUUCUUGGAUUUUUAUUGCGGCUCAAUGUGGAGCAAAGGAGUGCAUUGAAACUGGUUACACUAGAUAAAGACAUCACGCAUGACAACAGUAUCUGCGUAACUAAGGGGAAUUUGACGCUUAAGCUUCGGUCAGACAGUUAUCUUAAGUCUGGACUUCAAUGUAAAUUGUCAGCUUUUUCAAGGGGAAAUAAAAAUUUGAAAAGCCAGAUGUAUAUCCACAAUUUUGAUAUGUUAAAUUUUGAAAAUAACGUUAAACUUAAUAGGAAAAACGAGAUCCGUUUGCUAUGGUAUGCGGAAAACGUCAGUGUGGAUGUUUUCAAGUUCACAUUAACUUCAGAGUCUGACAACAUUGAUACACAACUGGUACCCAAACUGGAGGAAGAAGGUAUCACGCUACUCGGUAAUAGAGAAGUUGAAUCUCGGGUUUUUCGGUAUAAUCAAGUCUUGCAUCCGGAUCUGACUAUCACUAAAGAUGAAGACACCCUCGCCGAAACCCUUGAAUGGCUUUCAUAUGCAUCUAUCGGUGGACUACAGUUGCGGCAAGAAGUGGACCCUUUCAUUUCAAGGUAUCCUACAAUGUUAGAGUCUUCCAAAAGGAGCGACUUUGCUGUCCUCUCUAUUGACAAGACCUUAAUCAGCUCAAAGGUGCAAAAACUAGUUUUCAGUCAUGUUUCCAGUAGGUUGGACUGGUUCGCAUUAUUUUCAUAUGGAGUUAAAAACGUAUCACGAUCGUACAAUAGCGCAGGAGAGCAUUACUUCGUGGAUGACGGAGCAAAUGAUAUUGUCGUCUUUUCACAAGAGGGAAAGUACGCACUGUGGGAGAUAACAGAUAGCGGUGACCCACAUUGA